AUGGCCAGUGUGCCGGGGAUUCCAGGCUCCUUUGUGCAGAUACUGAAAGAUAUCUACUUUGAGACGAUGUUCAAUGCACACCUAGUGCUCCAUCAAAAGCGAUUCGAAGCUGCACUGGCUGCCGGUAGAGUUCCAGACCAUUUGGUUUUAAGUAUCUUCUACCAUGACAGCAAUGGCCGUGCCACUCUGAAGGAAGAUGGCUUCAUGAUCGAUUGGGCAACCCGGGCCGGCAAACUGGUCUUCGCUGCAGCGGAGGAAUUACAGGAGUACAACAUGGUGACUCAUUCCAUACUGACAAUAUUCUGGGCUUCACAAGGCCAAUGGCGGCGUGCCGUGCUUCACAAGCUUGCCGCGUUCGCACAGAUCCAUGUCAUUGGCCUCCACCCCAAGUGCUCUUCCCAGGAGCAGCAGUGGCAAGCGGAGCUGCGACGACGACGCUUCUGGGCAUGCUACUGCAUGGAUUGUCAUUCAUCGUUGGAUCUCCACCUCACGCACUCUUUAUCUGAUCCGUCAAGCGUGCCUUUGCCGUGGCCAGAGAGCAACUUCAAUGCGGAGAAGAUGCCUUCCUCGAACGUCAUGCUGCACUACGAUCCGUCUCAGCCAUGCGGAAUCUAUGCGGCGGCAAUGCAGGCUCUGAAUUUGUGGUAUUUCAGCUCUGAAGAUGUCAUAGUGAUCAACGGGCUAACCACUGUCUCUCUGAACGCUAGGGUGACAAGCUUGUCGGCUGUAAGACCAUGCCCUUCCAACACGGAUCGCAUGACCAACGCAACUCUAUACGAAAUCGACGGACAACUCUCGCGCUGGUGGACAGUCAACCCGUAUAAUCUGACUAGAAACUCCAUCGCGGCCUGGCCAGACCACGAGCUAUCGAAAGUCCUCAUGAUCAACUUCGUCUAUCAUCAGAGUUUUGUGGCCAUACAUGCUACGCGCGUGCCUCUCUUUUGCGGCAUUCGACUCGGCUCAGACGAUGUCACAUCUUCUAGUGCUCGCCUGGUUUCCGCACAGGUGGCAUUGAAUCAUGCCACUUCCAUAUGUGACUUGGCAUGGCUGAUAAUGUCGUCCAAGAAAAAGAUGAUUCGUAGCCUACCUAACAUGGUUGCCUAUGCUCUGUACUGUGGCUGUAUCAUCCAGCUGCCUUUCUUGCAUUGCACUGACGCUGGUGUGCAGGCAGAUGCACAUGCUCGAGUCGAGGCCACUCUUGGUCUCCUGGAAGAACUGGGAGCAUUUUGGAGGGGACCCACCAUCAUGUCUGAGCUAAUCGAAGAUACAGAAGAGGUACAUCUCUAUCGUCAAGCAGGUGCAUCUGGAAAGCGGCGCGUUCAUAAGCAACGAACCGAGACAUCUUUAUGA